AUGCACAUCAACAUGCCUGACAUUGAACUGGAAUCUUUGAGCAUGACCUCACUGGAAAUGCAGUCCACUCGGUCCACUUUUGGGCAGAGUAUGCAUGAUGACACAGCAACUUUGGUUCAUAAUCCAGUCACCGACUCGAAUCUUGUGGACUGGGAUGGGCAAGAUGAUGUUACUCAUCCCCGCAACUGGUCAAAGUUUUCCAAGCUGAGAAUCAUCGCCCAGCUUAGCCUCCUAGCGUUCUAUUCAACCCUCAUCUUGGCCAUAAUCACCCCGGCUACAUCUGACCUCAUUGCUGAAUUUCGUAUCACCAAUAAGGUUGUGGCAACCAUGACUGAGACAAUCUCCUCUCUGGGUGCAGCCAUAGGACCAUUGGUUCUUGCUCCACUGUCGGAGAUUACAGGUCGCCAACGAGUUUGUUGGGGGAGCGGAAUACUAUACGUAGUGUUCACUGCUGGCUGUUCACGUAGCAACGGGGUGACAACCUACCUGGUGUUGCGCUUUUUCUGUGGUGUCUCCUCCGGUUCCUUCAUCGCCUGCGGGUGUGGCUCAAUCGCCGACUUGCUUGUGAACGAUGAGCGUGGCACGGCAGUUGCUACAUUCACCCUCUUUUCUCUCCUAGGCGCUGCUUGUGGUCCGGGAAUCGGUGCCUUUGCAGUCGAUAGGAUAGGAUGGCGGUCAACGCUCUAUAUGGGCAUUCUUCUGUCGGGCAUAAGCACCCUUUUUUCAUUUAUUUUUAUGACCGAGACCAACGCUACCAUUCUCCUGGCGAGAAAAGCAGCUCACCUUCGCAAAGAAACCGGAAAUCCAGCCCUGAGGCCCGCUGGUGAAAUUCGAGUACCAAGUCUCAGACGUUUCUCGAGCGCUCUGACUCUACCAUUGAGAAUACUGUUUCUGUCCCCAAUAGUCUUGACUCUCGGGGUUUACAACGCAGUGGCUUUUGGCCUUACUCAUCUCAUACUUGCAACGUUUCCAAUUGUUUACCAGGAAGUCUAUCAUGGAGCAGCCUCCGUGUCACUCUUAUCAUUUAUGGUUCCUGGGUUUGGCUGUCUUAUCGGAGCAUUCGUGUUCGCAUCAAAGAGUGAUAAAAUACUGCAAAGAGGCAACGGGCCGGAAAGCCGUCUCUUGCUGUUGCUUCCUGUCAGCCCUACUCUUGCAACGGGUUUCACCUGGUAUGGGUGGGCAGCUACAUUUCCCAAAAAUGUUCUAGGGCCAGCUUUUGGCACGGCCCUCAUUGGGGUUGGUAUCGCGCUCCUCACAGCUUCAACGGCAAUCUACAUGAUCGAUACUUUUGGGCCCGAAGGCGCAGCAUCAGGCUUGGCGGCAGUCCUGCUGAUUCUGAACGUCUCGGAAACCUUCAUACCUCUUGCGGCAGAGCCCAUGUACCGAAAAUAUGCAGUGGGAUAUGAAAGCACAAUCAUGACAGUUGUCAUUCUAAUCCUCAUGCCCGUGCCAAUUUUUUUUAUAAGUUCGGUGGUAGGCUGCGAGAAAGAUUUCCUGUGA